UGAUUUUCCAUUUCCAAAAUUUUAAAAAUACAUAUAUUUUUAGGGAAAUCAAGAAGAGAAAUGGCGGGCCGCACCACAUUCACAACAGCGUUUGCGUUUGCGACAGCGAUUGUGAUAAUAAUGGGUAGUGGUGCGAUAGAGAGAGCGGAGGGUCGUCCGGUGAACCUCUGCAGCCACACUGCGUAUCCGUCGUUGUGUGGUCCGUUGGUUCGACGGCUCGUCAGUCCGAGACAAGCCACCCACCACGCCAUCCGUCUCUUGGAAUCCAAAACCAAAUCCGUCUUGACCCAGGCCGCCAGGUACAAGAGCGGGAACCAAGCGAUCGCGAUGUGCUACGAAACGUUCAGCGACGCGCUUGUGAACCUACAAAACGCGAGGAAGAGCAUAAAGAAACGAAACGUGAUCGCAAUAAACGCGUUUCUGACGGCAGCGGUCAGCGAUUACGGGGCGUGCGUAGACGGGUUCAUCGAAACGCAGCAGGUCAACACCGUCCAAAACGCCGCCGAUAUGUUGAGAAAGAUGGGAACCAACUGCUUGUCUCUUUCCACCUUAAUUAGAUGAUUUUUUUUUUCAAAACACUAAUUUUAACCACAAUCCCUUUGGACUCUCUCCCUUAUUUGUCAAUAUGAUUAAUGGACCGUUUCAUUCGAUUAUCA